CGUUAACAUGCGGAAACUGUUUACGUUAGCGGCGAGCAGUUGUUGAUGGUUUAGCUGCGAUUCGAGCGGACUUUGUUUUGUCAGUUUGAGAGAUAUUAAUCGAUAUUAAUCGAUAAGAAGCGAGUGUUUUAUGUUUAUUGUUGCUGAUCACAAUGGGGAAGGCAGAUUUUCUCUCCCCCAAGGCGAUAGCCAACCGGAUAAAAUCCAAAGGUCUCCAAAAGUUGAGAUGGUAUUGUCAGAUGUGUCAGAAACAAUGCCGAGAUGAGAAUGGCUUCAAAUGCCACUGCAUGGCUGAGUCCCACCAGAGGCAGCUGCUGCUCGCCUCAGAGGACCCCAACAAGUUCAUGGACUACUUCUCUGAUGAGUUCAGAAGCGACUUCGUGGAGCUGCUCAGCAGACGUUUUGGGACCAAGCGAGUGCACAACAACAUCAUCUACAAUGAGUACAUCAACGACAGAGAGCACGUCCACAUGAACUCCACACAGUGGGAGACGCUCACUGACUUCACUAAGUGGCUGGGCAGAGAAGGUUUCUGCAAGGUGGACGAGACCCCUAAAGGCUGGUACAUCCAGUACAUCGACCGUGACCCGGAGACCAUCCGCCGCCAAGAGGAGCAGGCCAGGAAGAAGAAGCAGGACCUGGACGACGAGGAGAGGAGCGCCCGGUUCAUCGAGGAGCAGGUCCGCCGAGGCCGAGAUGGCAAAGAGAUCGAGGAAACUCCCGUUUUCACAGAGCUGAAACGUGAGAGUGAAGAAGAAAAAGUUGCUUUCAACCUGGGCGCCUCCUCGUCUGUAGCCGGUCCUUCCAAAUCAAGUUCUACUUUGGGUGUUAGUGCCCUCAAAGCAGCAGCAUCAUCCUCAACCAAGAGAAAAGACACCAGUUCAGACACCAGGGGGGAGAAGAAGAAGAAAUCUGCUCUGGAGGAGAUCAUGGAGAUGGAGGAGAAGAAGAAGCAGUCAGUCCGAACAGAUAACUGGCUGAGGCCCAACAUUGUGGUCAAAGUGAUCACCAAGAGGCUGGGAGAGAAGUACCACAAGAAGAAGGCGGUCAUCACGGAGGUGCGAGACAAAUAUGGAGCUGUGGUGAAGAUGAUCGACUCUGGAGACAAACUGAAGUUAGACCAGAAUCACGUGGAGACGGUGAUACCUGCACCAGGUAAACAGGUGUUGAUCCUGAACGGCCCGUACAGAGACACGGAGGCUCUGCUGGACGGGAUCGACGAGAAGAACUUCAGCGCGACGCUCACACUCGCCUCUGGUCAACAGAAGGGGAAGAGAGUGAACGUCGCCUAUGAGGAUUUCUCAAAACUGGCCUGAACCAACGACCUUCCUGUUGUAACCUUAGGGACUCUACUGUGUCAGAGAUAUUUCCCCAAGAUUCACACACACACACACACACACACACACACACACACACACACACACACACACACACACACACACACACACACACACACACACACACACACACACACACACACACAGAAACUCAGAGCAAUGUGUUCAAUUUGGUUUUUAUUUUGUAUUCAAGUUGAUCUUAACAUUGCACAUGUACAUUUUUGUUCAAAUAAAUUCAGCACAAAGUGAC